ACCGGCUGCUACACUCUGAGUGGACAGAGUGUGUGACAGAGUGUGUGUAAAGCAGAGAGCGAGAGCGGUCGAGAGACACACAGAGUCUGAGUGACUGAAGAACAGACUCACUGCUCUUCUCUGAGUUUAACUGAAGUUGGAGUAAAGAAGAGACAGAGACCAGAAGACAGAGUCAAAGAGACAAACAAUCAAAGAGACAAAGAGACAGAGAGAAAGAAAUCAGACCGACAGGUAACUCAGGUGCAGCACAGUCCUCUCUGAUGAUGGAUGACUACACUCUUCCCUUCUGGAUAUACCUGGGCGUUCUGACGGUGUUUGUCGGUGGAGCCAUGAAGAAGAUUUUGGCGUCCCACCUGAGCACCGCCCCCACUGUGGUGGCCUGGCUGGGGGCCACAGUGCUGGUGGAGCGGCUGUGGGCGUUCUGCCUGCCGGCCGUACUGCUCCUGGCCCUGCUCUGCCUUGCCUGCUGCCUCUACUCUACAGCCAGGACUGUCCCGCCACCCACCACCCUGCCCGUCCACGGCAAGGCAGUCUUCAUCACAGGCUGUGACUCUGGUUUCGGGAAAGCGGCAGCAAAGCGUCUGGACGCUCUGGGUUUGGAGGUGUUCGCCACAGUGUUGGACCUGUCAGGAGACGGAGCCAAAGAGCUGCAGAGGACCUGCUCCCCCCGCCUCACCCUCCUCCAAGUGGACAUCACCCAGCCACAGCAAGUCCAACAGGCGCUGCUGGACACCAAGGCCAAGUUGGGCCUCAGAGGUCUGUGGGGUUUGGUAAACAACGCUGGAGUGUGUGUGAACUUCGGAGACGCUGAGUUGUCUCUCAUGUCGAACUUCCGCGGCUGCAUGGAGGUAAACUUCUUCGGCACUCUGAGCGUCACCAAAAGCUUCCUGCCUCUGCUGCGUCAGACCAGAGGACGACUGGUCACCAUCUCCAGCCCUGCCGGUGACCAGCCGUUUCCUUGUCUGGCGGCGUAUGGAGCGUCUAAAGCCGCCCUCAACCUCUUCAUCAACACCCUGAGACACGAGCUUGAGCCCUGGGGGGUUGGAGUCUCCACCAUCCUGCCGUCCUCCUACAAGACAGGUCAGAGCAGUAACCACACCUACUGGGAGCAGCAGCACAAGCAGCUGCUGCAGAGUCUGUCUCCGGGGCUGCUUGAGGAGUACGGUGAGGACUACGUAAACGAGACCAAGGAGCUGUUCCAGAGCCACGCCCAGCACGCCAACCCCGACCUCAGCCCCGUCAUCGACGCCAUCGAGCAGGCGCUGCUGUCCCCCCGGCCGCGGGCGCGGUACCUGGCAGGGCCAGGAGUGGGCCUCAUGUACUUCAUCCACAGCUACUGUCCCUUCAGCCUCAGCAACCGCUUCCUCCAGAGACUGUUCGUGAAGAAGAAGCUGAUGCCACGGGCUCUGAGGAAGCAGAGCAGCUUCGAGCUGAGCCUCGGCCUCCACAACAACAACAACAACAACAACAACAACGACAAGGAGAAGCUGAAGUUGCCAUAGAAACGUGAUGGUUUUCUGCUGCCGCAAUAGAGGACCACUCCUGUAACACUCAUAGAGCUGUAACUGUCUAACUGUUGAAGGGAUCAUAGUGAUGUCUGUGUGACGCCCCCUGUGGACGGGGACACUCCUGGGGAUCAGUGGGCGGGGUCAGUGGGUGGGGUCUGGUAGAGGUAGGGAUGCAGCCACAGGGUGAUCAGAGAACACUUUACUGUACAAACACCGACAGUCGCACUGACGUCAUGUGCCUUUAUCACACACACACACACAAACACCAUGGAUCAGCUGAUCCACCAACGCCACAGCAGCUCGUUUCUGACCUCUGACCUUUGACCUCUGUUACACACAGACAGGAAAAUGAUUCAUAGCUUCAGCGUGAGCAGAUUUUAUGCCUGGAGUUAGGGUCAUCUCAGACUCAGUCGACACAUUCAGCCCUGAAACAAGCGUGCUCGGUGAAACGAGCUGCUGUGACAUGACAUUUCUACACCUCUGUGUCUCGUUUAGAUGACAUCAUAAUCUUCUUUACACAUUCUUAACUGUUUGUUUCCUGCAUCACAGGAAGUGGAUGCUGAUUUCAAAACAAAGGUUCACAUUCAGUCUGACACGUCUUUGUUUUAUACAGAACCAAAAUAUAUCAACAUCAUUAUCAGUAUACAUAUAUCAGACUUCCUGUUUGGACAUGUCAGUUUCACAAUAAAAGCACAGAAGUGUAGAAUAAUUCCAAAUACUAAACAAUAAAUAAACUCGCGACCCUGAUGAUGAAUGACAUCUAUAUAAUCUGUGUUAUUAUUACAACAAACAACAACAAGAACAGCUGAAACAAACUAGUUGAUAAUUCCAGUGAAACAUAAGUCACAUGUUUCUCUCCUCCGUCUUCCUUCCUUCUACAGUUUAGAUAAAAGAUGUCUUCAGGUGUGAACAGUCACAUCAGUCACAUGCCAAUCAUGUCUCAGUGGAAACUUUGUCGUCCUUUUUCUCUCAGGAGCUCCAUCACUGAAUAUUAAUAUUAAUUUAUUAUUAUUAUUAUUAUUAUUGAAUCAGAUCUGAACUCUCACUUUUCACGAUAUCAAAACUAAAUUCAUCUUAAAAAAACUUUUUAAAUCGGAACCAGACUGAUUUUUUUUUUUGUCUCUGGUUGUUUCUGAUCACCAUCACCGUGAAAGUGAAGUUUCUCCGUCACGUUUCUCCACAGGACAAAACUGAAAAUCACAAAGUCAAUUUCUUAUGAGUUUCUGGACAUGAAACUGUUUCUAGUCUCAUGUUGUUUUUUCUUCAGUUUUUAUUAUGAAAUAUAGAAAAUCAAUAAAUGGGUAGCAGCAAAAACUUUACAACUAAAUUCGGACACAUUGACGGAACCGGCCUCAUUGUUGUUGUUGUUGUUAUAGAUACAAGUCUUAAACAACCAAUGAUGUCAGGAUGUGAGUGUUAGUGAACAGAUCUGUGCACAUGCUCAGUGUGUUGUGUUUCUGACGUCUGUGGAAACUCCAAAAACUUUAUUUUGUUUUUCAGCCCACUUUGUUUUUGUUUUUGAAUCAAAUUAUUUAUGACGUCUUCUCUUUUACCACUUCAACUGUGAAUUUUGUAUAAAAAUUGUAAAAUAAACAAAAACAGAAACAUGAUGUAAAAAGUUCACUUGGUUCAAACUUUGAUAGAAAUAAA